GCAGCUUUGAGCAAGAGGGCUGUCUGAGGAGAUCUGUCAUAUUCAUGCACACAGAUGGAGCGUGACAAGGGAAUACAGAUGACUGGAGUGUUGGAUAAUCUUUACAAACGAGUAGACAGUAUGUGAUAAGGGACACUUGGACAGUGUGGAGAUGUACGCCUUCUACUCCCUUUUAGUCUACAUCUUCUACACUGUCUUUAAAAAGGAGGAGGAGGAGGCCUUGGAGGGGGCGUGUGGAGCUUCUUCAGACGAGCCAGGACCUGUUUCCAUGGAAACAGGGAGCAGGAGAAGAGAUGGCCACACCCCCAAAAUGGGAAAAAAGGCCUCUGUUCAGCAUGGGGAAUCAAGCAGCAGCAGUGACAGUGAUGAGAUGUCUCCAAGUGAUGAAGCUGAUGAAGAUGGCCCUGAUAUCCCAGCAUGCACUCCCUUGGCUGCCUUUUUGUCCUUCAAGCAGGAGGCUGAGAGGAGGAGGUCCUCGCAAGUUCAGCUGGACACGACAGGAAAGCUCUCUGAGUCUCCCCUGGUGGCAGUCAUGUCCCACUUGCUCAGUUUUCUGGAGCAGUACUCGCACUUUCAGCAGCUGCAGCAGCAGGCCGAACAGUACCGCGUCCAGCUGAAGAGGCACCGCGUCCAGCACCGCCGUCAGAUGAAGGCCCUGCGAGCAUCCUACCGCCAGCGCCUCAGGGACAAAAACAGCAUCAUCAGCAGCCUGGAGGAGGCCAUCAGUCAGCAGCAAAGUCCCAGUCCUAUGAGCGAGGGUGAGUCCAGCAGUGAUGGAGGGGCUGGAGUUCACAGGCUGGUGGAGUCUCUGUACGGUCUUCAGGGUGAGCGUAGCAAGCUGAGGGGAGAACUACGCCUGCUGCACUCACAGCUGGAACAGCAGAACAAAGACAGACAUUCUCGCAUACAGGCCUUUCAACUGCAGAUUGAUGAGCUCAAGACUUGCAUUGAGGAGCGUGAGGAGGAGCUGACCAGACUGAGAACAGCCACCGGGGCCACAGACUCUGAGAAGCGGGUGUUGUGUCUGACAGCAGAGAACGAGAGUUUGAAACAGAGUCUGAGUGUGACUCAGGGCCUCCUCCAGCAGCUGUCAGCCAUUCCAUCUCAGUCCAGCAGCAUGCUCAUCAAGGAGAAUGAAAACCUCCGCUGCAGAGUGCAGCAGCUAGAGAUGUCUCUGCAACAGCGCGCUGAGCAGCUCACACAUCUGGAGAGACAGAGUGAGCAGAGCGAGUGGAGAAGAGGAGAGGAGCUGAGGAAACGAGAGGAGCGAGUUAGAGAGCUGCAGCUGGAGUUAGACAGAGAGAGAGGGAAGGAGCCUGUGGUGAAGUAUGUCACCAAGACAGUGGAAGUGGAAUCACCAGCCACGUUAAAACACCUGACUAAAGCCAGACAGAGGAAUGAACUGCUGUCUGAAAAGCUGGCCAAUCAGAACGAACGGUGUAAACAGCUGGAGGAACAAAUCAGGAAGUCAGACGAAUACAGCUGUAACCUCCAGCACAAGAUUGCAGCGUAUGAAAGAGAAAUCAGCACACUGAGAGAGGAGCUGCUGAAAGAGAUCAGACACCUGGAGGAGAAAAAGGAGGAGGCUGUGAAGGCUGCUGCCAACUGCUCGGCCGAGCACUUCCAGGACCUGCAGGAACAGUUCUUCUCCUUGCAGAAGCGCCUGACAGCACUUCCUCCAACCCUACGCUCCAUGAAGACAGAUUACACCAGCCUGAGGAGCCAGAUUAGAAACUUCUCAGAGUUUUAUGGUUCAGCUAUAAAUGAAGCAAAAAAACAGAUUUCAGCCGUCAUAAGUGAGAUGUCUGAAGCCAACAAAGAUCUCCUGGAGAAAUACAGGAAGGAAGUUGCACUACGCAGAAAGUACCAUGAGCAGCUGGUGGAGCUCAAAGGAAACAUCCGCGUGCUAUGUCGUGUGAAGCCUGUGCUGAAGGAGGAUCAACGUGAGGAGGGUCAGUCAGUGGUGGUGACAACAGACCCCAACAAUGAAUCCUCACUCAGCAUACUAAACAAAGGAAAGGGUCGCAUCUUUGAGCUAGACAAGGUGUUCCAUCCCCAGGCCACACAGGAGGAGGUCUUUCAGGAGAUUGAACCUCUAGUGACUUCUUGUAUUGAUGGUUACCAUGUCUGCAUAUUUGCCUAUGGACAGACUGGCUCUGGAAAGACAUACACCAUGGAGGGCAGUGUUGAAAACCCUGGCAUCAACCAGCGAGCCCUGAAGCAACUCUUCAAUGUGAUCGAGGAGAGGAAGGACAUGUGGUCUUACACUGUCACUGUCAGCUCCGUGGAAAUCUACAACGAGGUGCUAAGAGACCUGCUGAGUAAGGAUGGAGAAAAACUGGACAUAAAGAUCAACCCGGACGGAACUGGACAGCUUCAUGUUCCGGGCCUCAGGGUCAUUGAGGUUAAAAGCUUCCAGCACAUUAAAAAGAUUUUAGCCCAAGCCAGAAGAAACAGGAUCACCUUUGGUACUCAGAUGAAUCAGCACAGCUCCCGCUCCCACGCUCUGCUCUGUAUCACUGUUCAGGGUACCGACCUUGCAUCUGGGUCCAAAACCACCGGUAAGCUGAACCUGGUGGACCUGGCUGGCUCUGAGCGGGUCUGGAAGUCUGGAGCUGAGGGAGAGAGGCUGAAGGAGGCCCAGAAUAUAAACCGCUCCCUGCUGGCACUGGGGGACGUCAUUCAAGCACUGAGAGCUCGGCAGACUCACAUCCCAUUCAGGAACUCCCGGCUCACAUACUUAUUACAAGACUCCCUGGGAAAAGGCAGCAAGACUGUCAUGGUGGUGCAGGUGUCUGCUCUGGAGAGUAAUGUGGGAGAGACAUUGUGCUCACUGAAGUUCGCCCAGAGGGUGUGUAAAGUGGAGCUGGGUCCUGCAGCGAGAAAGAUCGAAUCUGGAGGAGGACAGUGUGACUGAAUCAGACGUUUUUGUUCCCAGGAAACCAUGAAUCCUUCAGGCCUUUUAUUAGACUCCUUUACUUACAAAUCACAACACUACAGUAAAAAAUGGACAGUAAUCCUUCUCAAGGGCUAAAUCUGCAGAGGACAGGUCCUAAUUUUUAGUCUAGGUCAAGUAUUAAGAAAAAUUGGCCUCCUCCUUGCCAUCUGAUGCUUCUAACAACCCUUUAUCAUUAGAUAAUCUGCAUGCAGGAGGAUUUAUUCUUCCACUCUGAGUGCCAAAACAUCCUCCAGCUCCCGCCGUUUAGGAUUUGAUGCUUCCUGGAACUAUAAAAUCUCAGUUUCCUUUGAUGAAAUACCAACAUCAGGAGUCUUUUCAGCCUUUGUAGGCUUUUUAUCUUGCAGUAUUUACAAACUUUUGUUCAGACAGGUUGAACAAGCUUCCAGAGCGACAAUAAUACCAACACUUGACUAUUUGCAGUAUUGAAUCAUGUUGCUUUAAAUGUCUGUUGUUUGUGAGCUUCAUCUCCAGUGCUGUAUAUUUUUGAAGGCUGUCGUGUGUAGGGGAGUGUUUUGUGGAGAAGUACAGGCUAUUAUCCAUUACAAUGACACUUUAGUCACAUAAUUGUGUAGUUUUUGUGAACAGGAAAAGAGCAGUGAUUUAAUGCUUUUAGUUUCUCUUUAGAGCCUCAAUAAUUUGCCUUUCAGAGGGAAGAGAAAAGCUGCAGAAAGGAUCAGCUGGCCUUUAAGUGGAAAUUUAAUAAAAAGUGCAAUAUCCUUCAAAAGAGGAGACACUUUGGGCCUACGUGGACAAAAGAUGCACUUUAUGGUGAAAGGAGGGUUUGAGAUGAAACAGGCGUCAAAGUGCUUGCAAUAGAUUAUAUCACUAGUGAAUGUCAUACCAAAAUGCAGUGUAUUGUUAUCUGUUUAUCAUUGUUCCUCUACUUAUUAACCUGUGGAUCAAAACAAGCUUUUGAUUCAAGUGUAGCAAGACAUUAAUGUUGAAGUUCAAA